AUAUUCCUUCAAUAACAACCUGUAGCGCUCGCUGAUUUCUCUUCUGCAGGGAUUUAGACGUGUGCUACUGACUUAGCAUUUGUGCAGUCGUAUUUUUAUUGACAGGCUGGUAGAUAUUUAUUCAAUAAGAAACAACUCAGGAUCAGCUAAAGAGAGGAAAGCUCUGGCAUUUGAACAUACACUCUUUUUGUAGGGUGAUGUGGCUGAUACUGGCAUCUACCAUCUGCUUUCCUAUUGCAGCCUGUUUCUCCAACCUGCAAAGCAGAAACCAGCCUUUCUUUCCUUCUGGAUUGUUAAAGCCAUUCACAUUUAUUCUGCAUGGCAAUGAAUUAUAGUCCAUUUUAAGGACUCUUUUGUGCUUCUGUGUGUAUUUCUACAGCAGAAAAAGUGCAUGAGAAAGGAGCUUGAGCAGUCAGUAGUAUAAGUAGCUGGCUCUCCCGUAUGGAUUAGACUUGUGAGGACAAUAACGAUGGGGGCUCGAGCGACAGAAACAACUCGGGAACUGGAAAGCGCCUCUGUACAGUACCAAAUAGGAGGACAUGCAGAGAAAAUGUGGCAACGACUCAAAGGAAUAUUAAGAUGCUUGGUAAAGCAGCUGGAGAAGGGUGACAUUAAUGUGGUGGACUUAAAAAAGAAUAUUGAAUAUGCGGCGUCUGUGCUGGAGGCAGUUUAUAUUGAUGAAACCAGGAAACUUUUGGACACUGAAGAUGAACUCUCUGACAUCCAGUCGGAUUCGGUCCCGCUGGAAGUGCGGGACUGGUUAGCUUCUACAUUCACGAGGGAGAUGGGAAUAGUAAAGAGGAGACCUGAGGAAAAGCCCAAAUUCCGAAGCAUUGUGCAUGCUGUACAGGCUGGGAUUUUUGUAGAAAGGAUGUACCGGAAAACUUCAAGCAUGGUUGGUUUGGCUUAUCCAGCAGAAGUGAUAGUCACAUUUAAGGAUGUUGAUAAGUGGUCUUUUGACGUAUUUGCCCUUAAUGAAGCAAGUGGAGAGCACAGUCUGAAAUUUAUGAUGUAUGAGCUGUUAACCCGAUACGACCUUUUGAGCCGUUUCAAGAUCCCUGUUCCCAAUCUUAUUUCUUUUGCUGAAGCUCUUGAAGUUGGUUACAGCAAAUACAAAAAUCCCUAUCACAAUUUGAUCCAUGCAGCUGAUGUUACUCAAACUGUGCAUUACAUAAUGAUUCACACUGGCAUCAUGCACUGGCUCACAGAACUGGAAAUUUUAGCAAUGAUCUUUGCAGCUGCCGUCCAUGACUAUGAACAUACUGGGACCACAAACAAUUUUCAUAUUCAGACAAGGUCAGAUGUUGCUAUAUUGUACAAUGAUCGUUCUGUUCUUGAAAAUCAUCAUGUAAGUGCUGCUUAUAGACUCAUGCAGGAAGAAGAGAUGAACAUCCUGGCUAAUCUAAACAAAGAUGACUGGAGGGAGUUGCGUAGCUUGGUCAUUGAGAUGGUCUUGUCUACAGACAUGUCGGGUCAUUUCCAACAAAUUAAAACAAUGCGGCACACUCUGCAGCAGGCACAGGGGGUAGACAAAGCCAAAGCCAUGUCUUUGAUUCUACAUGCAGCAGACAUAAGCCAUCCAGCAAAAUCCUGGGAGCUGCACUACCGGUGGACCAUGGCCCUGAUGGAAGAAUUUUUUCGACAGGGAGACAAGGAGGCUGCUUUAGGUCUUCAAUUUUCCCCACUUUGUGACCGCAAGUCCACUUUGGUAGCUCAGUCUCAAAUAGGCUUCAUUGAUUUCAUAGUAGAACCAACAUUUUCUCUUCUUACUGAUUCAAUGGAGAAAAUUGUUAUGCCUCUUAUAGAGGAAGCGACAAAAUCUGAAAGUCCUGCAUUUGGGACCCCCAGCCAAAAUAGUUUGGGAGCAGUAAGCAAUGCUGAAGCACAAAGACGACCUGGGUUUAAAAGUACGGGUGAUGGAGGGACUCACACAGAAAAUUCUCUAGCAACUGUAGAUCUAAGGGCCUUCAAGGACAACUUGAUGAAGAUCAUUCAAGCAAACAAAGAAAGAUGGAAAGAAUUAGCAGCAGAAGAAGAACUUGUGAACAAUGUUGGUGAACAGGAAAAAGACCAAAGCAGAAAUUCCACAGAUGCACAGUUACAGGAAGAGGCAACAAGGACACAAAAUGAGAGUAGUCAGGGGAGUGAUGGUACAGCCUGUCCUCCCAGAUCCAUCGUCCUACAAGUAGUCUCUUUGGACACUCCUCUGAGUGAUGAACCCAGCUCAGAAAAAUGCACUAACUCUGAUCCGAACCAGAAAGAUCUCAGCGAUGCCCAGCAAGAGACCCAGAAUACAGCCCCACUGAAUGGGGAGCCUAAACACUGUAAGUCAGAAGAUAUUGUGAAAGCCACGGAGCAGACAGAAGCACUGGUACAGAACUAGAUCUGCUAUUUCUCAUAAGCUUCUGACAUUUCAGGCAGGACAGGAGAAAAGAACUCUAGCUGUUCCUACCUCAUGAUCUCAGAGGCUGUUAUCUGUCAACUUGUUCUUGGAUCAUCCUAUUUCUCUGGAGAGUGAUUGAACAAAAUGUUCAAAACUGUAAAAUGUAAAACCCUGAGCUGGUAACUCAAGGCACUUAAAAAUUCGCAAGAUUUCAGUUGUUUUUGUGUUGCUAUUUCCUCUUCUAUUCUGCUUUCUUAAACUAGCCAAAAUAAUCUUUUCAGCCAAAGUUGGACCUUGCUUUGUUGCAUCACUGGUACCAGACAUUUCCAGUUAAUCAUGAGACAUGUGAAAACAUGAUGUUUGUCAUCUGCCUGGGAUUGCUGUUACGUGUCACUGCUGCUGGUGUCCACUGAAAAUGGAAAAUCAAAACGAAAUGUGUUUCUAGAUACUUGUUCAUGCAAUCAUGCUGCAUGCACCAUAAAAGUCCUACUUGUUAGCUUCCUUAAAAUAUCUGGAAAUAAAUGUUUGUAGACUGUACAGGGAAGUCGCAAAGUUACGCUGACCAGCCUGCACAAAUGAAGAUUCUUCCCCCCUGCAGUGGCUGCCAUAUGGACAGAACUGGUAUUGAACAAAUUUGAAAGGUUUUGAAAUUUCUCUUAAAAAUUAAUUGAAUAGCAUCUGGCAUUAAAGAUUAAAGCAUUCUGAAUCCUUUAAUAUUUUGAAUAACAACACUACUGGUGUCAGCCCUUCCAUGAAGCUGGUACUUAUUGUUUUAUUGGGUGGAAGAGACAGCAACAGAAAUACAUGAAAAUUGCUUCACUUCAGCAAAAUGUUAUGUUGCCUCUCAGACAGAAUUGGAAGGUGACACAGAGGCCUUGUGUCAUGGUUUAUCUCAAAUGCAAAGGUGACAACAUGCAUCCAGCAACAUCUUUCCUAGAGUUUGUUUCUUUUUGAGGGGCAGCAAAACCAGCAGCACACAGGCAGUUACCUCUGCAAGAAGCCUCAGAAUGAGCCCUCCAGCCCAAACUGUGCCCGUAAAGGAACUCCAUUUUCAUCUCUUCUUCCCUUGAGCUGCACAUGACCCCUCCUGAUUUGUCUGGGUGUCUCACACAGCUGCAGCCAACCUCAUUUCCCUCUGCUGCAACCUGCCAGGAAAUUCUAGGCUCCCGUUCAGGUUGUAGGCACUCAGGUGGCUCCCGACGCUCCCUGUUCUCCUUUUUGGACCCUGUGGUUAUUACCUCACUGAAGAAAAAGUCUUUCUAAUCAGCCAUGGUCCGCUCUGAAGGGGACCUGUGGGGGCAGUGGCACUCUCCUUUGUGCCAGGGGCAAUUGGGACCUGUGUGCUGUUCAUGUGCUGCUUCAGGGACCCAACAACCAGAGCUCAGCAGGCAUCAGGCUCCACCUCCACAAGGGCACGCUUGGUCCGACUGAAGAAGGAAUCACCAAACAAUCCCCUUUGCUGACCCUCACAUGUCCACACCUGUUGACUGUCUCUUUUCUGACAGCAGAGCAGUCAAAGUUGAGCUGGGAACAGUGUAAGCUCUGAGCCCUGGGACAAGGGCAUGCCAAGAGGUGGAAUUCCUGUCGUUCAAUAUGUAAGCCAUAUAUGUGCUAUGCAUAAGUAGUAUGCAUAGUUUUAACUUAAGAAAUGUUUGUGCAUAUAGGAUGUAAAAAAUACAUUUAAAUUGUUUUGUGUAUCUGGUCCAAGGCUUGUAUUUAGCAUGGACAAAUUUCUGUACAGUGCCGUUAACGAAUGAAAAUGUUAACAGAUGAAAUUGUAUCAUAGAUGUUAUAACGCAAUCAAUAUUUUUUGCUAAGAGUUAAGAAUUUAUAUAUAUUCUCUGCUGGUGUUUGAGCAAAUUAUUAGUAGCCUGGACCGCUCUGUGCACCUUUGCAUCCUUUUUGGGAAUGUUGGACUCUUUUUCUUCCUUUGUAAUAAAAUGUAAACCAUCUUAUGGCUUCUUAUUGUCCUUAUGACAAGAGAAGAAAUUUAAUGGUCAUAUCAGACUUUUUUUAAUUGUAAGUUGCCAUAUGCUGUGGCAGUGGAAAAUCUUUUUGAUUAAGAUCUGAGAAGUCAGAAACUUAUUUUAGAUAAGUAGAUAAUCUAUAGUUCCCACCAAAUUUGAAAAGAACAAAAGACAACUACUAUCUUAAAAAACUGGGCCAGUUAGAUAUUUGCUACUGACUGUUUUUCAACAUGAUAAUUUAUGAUUCACUGAGCCUGAAAUUCCAAAGCAAUCAGAAUUUAAUCUUUAUAUUGUAUUUUUGCUUUCAGACUUUUACCAUAUUGAACUUAAAGUUUUUUCCUGCGUCUCUAUCCCGUUGACAUUUAUUAUACUGCAAAAAUUUUCCCCUGGAAAUACAAGCAGAAAAUAUAACAGAUUCUGCAGAGAACGUGAAGCACCCUGUGGGGCUCUCAGUGUCCUGCUGUCAUAGUGAGCACCAAGAUCUCCCUCUGCAGAAGCUAGAAGGAGCUCCUGGUCUCACAGGAGGUGCUCAUUGCCUGCAGAUCUCAUUCAUUAGGACAGAAGAGUGAUUUUUCUAUAAAUAAUCCUAUUGCUCAUUUGUAUUCAGAUUUUAUCACUGUGGUAGAUGUUACUGAAAUACAAGAAGAGUCUUUAGUUUUUUUUGUUAAUGUCAGCUGACUCUCUUCCUUUUUUCCUUCCUUUAUUCUUAGCAAGAUUUUGCCUGGACAUGACUCAAAGCUUGGUGUGUUGUUUGGAUGAGGAGAAAUUUUCUGUGAUGGAAAAGACCAAUAGAACCAACACAUGCUGGUUUAGGCUUUGGGCUGGGUGAAAUUUGGGUUCAUUUGGGAGAAAGGCUUCUUGAGAGAGCCUCUCCCAGAACAGUAGUUUUAUCUCUGAAACCUGUAAGGCUGCGCUACCAAAACCCUGCAUGGGGCCCUAAGAAAUGGUGUUUGUAUCUGCAUCUCUCCCACAGCAUUCUGGGCAUGUACCCUGCAUCGAGCACACCGACCAGCUGUAGCUAUAAAUGAGCCCUCAAGAGUUUUAUUUUGUACUUUUAUCUUGAGAUAUAUGACAGAUAUAUUAUGUAAUAUUGUUAUGGGUUAUGAUCUAGCCAGUUUUUUUUUUUAAUUUAAUUUUCAAGGAGGCAAUCUACAACUGUGUGUUUUUAUUCUGCUGUAUUUGUCCAUAUUUCCUAUGAUGAUAUUCCCAAAUAAAUCUGAUUUGAGGGCAAGGA